CUCUGCUUCACGUCAUCCGAGCAGAAGCCUGGAGCUCCACGGAACAUCCUACAGGUGAAGAAGCGAUGGUUUAGCGGAGCCGCCCGCUCCUGUUUUGACGCCGUGAUUCUGCGCAGCAGUCACCCUCCUAAAACAUCUGAGAUGGCUGUUUUCCGCCUGUCGCUGCUGCUCCAAAUGGGAUUUGUGAUCGGAUCGAAUCACGAAUACGCGGGCUGGUCAGACGUGGUGGCACAGGUGCCGAUCCACGGCGCGCAGACGCACCAUCACCGGCCGCUGGCGCAUCUCCGUGCGCCUCCUCACGCUCCGGGGAGGACGGCGGAGCUGGCGCAGAAAUUAGAGGAGCAUCUCCCCAGGGUUGUCGCGGCGUUUCUGCACACGGGGGACUCCACCACCCUCAAGCACGCCAACUGCUCGCGGAGGUACGAGCUCAGCUCUCUGCGGGGAAGGUCACACGCGACCCCGCAUCGGUCCCUGAGCAGCGUGCUGGACACGGUGCUGCACGCCACCAACUUCCUCAACAUGAUCCUGCAGACCAACAGGUCCAGAGAGCAGAGUCUGCGCCGAGACAUCGAGUGGUACCACGCGCUGGUCAGGAGCAUCCUGGAGGGAGACGCCAAGAUCCACCGGGCCGUCGUCACCUUCAACACCGAGCCGGCGGCGGCCGCGGGGCCGUCCGUGCUUCUCCAAGCCACGAGGGCCAGCGGGGAGAUCGUCCUCCAGGACCUGUCCGGCACGGCCCCAAACCACCUGGGCAACCGCACGGCCGACACCAAGUGGUACCACGACGUCAAAGACAGGAAGAGACCCAAUUUCCACAAGAAGGUCCUGAGCCAAGACUUCGCCUCUGUGGACAAUUCUCUGAAAAGAGGAGAAAGUUUCAUUCCGGACAAGACGCACGUCAGAUGGUCUGCGCCCUACCUGGAGUGUGACAACGGCAACUUUGUUCCACGGUGGCUUUUGACCUUAUCGGCUGCUUUCUAUGGCCUGAAGCCCAACUCGGCCCCGGAAUUCAGGGGUGUAGUACGAGUGGAUGUUAGUCUGCAGGAUGUUGAUAUCAACCAAUGUUCCAGUGAUGGCUGGUUUGCUGGAACCCAUCGAUGCAACCUGACCAGUAUGGAGUGCACGCCAAUGCACGGUCAUGGAUUUGUCUUAGACAAGUACAAGUGUCACUGCAAGAAAGGAUUCUAUCACCCCAACCGAGUCCCUGUCAACAGAUUUGCAAACAAAGGGACAAAUGGGAACGGUGCCGAUAGCGGGCCCAAUGCCGAUGAGGGUUCAUCCAGCGACUGCCUGCCAUGUCAAGGGGGCUGUGCCUACUGUAAGGACGACACCCCCUGUGUGGCUGGAGAGGACGGUGCUCUUCGUAUGGUUGUUCUCUCCUUCCAGUGCCUCUGUGUGCUGAUAGUCUUCAUUAGCAUUGUGGUCAUCUACCACUUUCGACGAAACAAGAGUAUCAGAGCGUCGGGCUUAGUUCUGCUUGAGGCCAUCUUGUGUGGAGCUCUGCUUCUCUACUUUCCGGUUGGGAUCUUGUAUUUCCAUCCGAGUGUAUUCCGCUGCAUCCUGCUCCGAUGGGUUCGACUGCUGGGUUUUGCGACUGUCUACGGGACGCUGAGUCUAAAGCUGUACAGGGUUCUGAAAGUGUUUCUGUCACGUACCGCCCAGAGGAUCCCCUAUAUGACCAGCUGGCGCGUGCUGCGUCUGCUAGGCAUCAUUCUGCUCAUCGUCUCCUGGUUUCUGGUGGCUUGGACAUCUGCUGUCUGCCAAAACCCAGACAGAAAGUUGGCACUCAUCGACGUGGGCUACACGCCUGAUGGGCUGCAGUUCAGCAUGUGCCUGCUGGAUCGUUGGGACUACAUGAUGGCAGUCGCUGAGUUCCUCUUCCUGCUGUGGGGUGUUUACCUCUGUUACGCUGUGAGGACGGUGCCCUCAGCAUUCCACGAGCCUCGCUACAUGGCCAUCGCUGUCCACAACGAAGUCGUCCUGUCAGCGAUAUUCCAUGUUAUCAGGUUCACUCUUGCCCCUGAGCUCCAUCCAGACUGGAUGCUGCUACUUUUCUUCACACACACACACCUAACUGUAACAGUCACACUGGGACUGCUGCUCAUUCCUAAGUUCUUGUUUGCUGGUACCCAUAUGAGAGAUGACAUAGCCUCUGAGGCCUAUGAGGAUGAGCUGGACAUGGGUCGCUCUGGAUCGUAUCUAAACAGCAGCAUAACGUCAGCCUGGAGUGAGCACAGCCUGGAUCCAGAGGACAUUCGGACACCAGACGAAAUGGGCCAUCUCAGUUCUAUUAAUGGCUGUGGCGUAAGGUCUUGCAACAGUCUUUGGGAAAAACGUACCAACGAGGAGCUGAAAAAACUCUACUCCCAGUUAGAGAUUUACAAGCGGAAGAAGAUGUUGGCAAAUAACCCUCAUCUCCAGAAGAAGAGGAGUUCCAAGAAGGGCCUGGGUCGCUCGCUGAUGAGGCGUAUCACUGAGAUUCCUGAAUCGGUGCACCGGCAAUGCAGUCGUGAAGACAAGGAAGGAGGAGAGCAUGGGAGUAAUCGAAACAGUAUCUGCAUGUUGAAGAAGAAUGCGUUUGAUACAACUCACCCUGGAAAACCAGCAAAAGAGGAGACACUGAAGAACAAGGUUUUCUCCUUAAAGAAGUCCCACAGUAGCUACGACCAUGUCCGUGAUCAGAGUGAAGACUCCAAUAGCUCAGCAACAGACAAAAUGGAGGUAGCCACAGCUGAAGGGUCCCUCCUGGAUACACUUAUGGGCAAGAAGCUGGUCAAAAAGAAGUCUAACGAGACCAUACAUGCCCCCAGUGAAUCUACAGAAUCAGUUCCCUUAGUCUGUAAAUCAGCCAGCGCCCACAACCUCACCGCAGACAAGAAAUCGAUUCAUCCAAGAGCCUCCAUGCUGCAGAAGUCACUCAGUGUCAUUGCCAGUGCUAAAGAGAAGACUUUAGGCUUGACAGGAAAGACUCAGAGUACAGAGGACAGCAAUAAGAAGAGCCAGCCAAAGAGCAAAGAAACAAAGGCUGGUUCAGAUUGUGAGACUGAAUGCCACGCCAAGAUGAGCCAGUCAGUUGAGUCCAAACAGAGUGCGCCAAAAGGGACAAUCAUGAAACAGGUAAUUAGCAGCCAAUCUGCAGUCUCUUCUGAUGCAAACAAGGGAAAGGACCUCUAUGAUCUCUCAGAAGUUUGUCCUUGGGAAGUUGAAGAUCUCCCAGCUCCCUCUGAGAACAAAGUCCAAAAGCAUGUGUCAAUAGCACCAAACGAAUCGACAACAGUUCUUGGAAGUAGCACCAAGGGAGGCAAACCUCAGCAGCAAAAACACAAAGUGUCUGAUGCCAGACGUUCACGGGAAAUUCAGAGGUUAUCUGCUGUUCGAGCUGAGGUUUGCCCAUGGGAAGAUGGAAGUGAGAGUCAAGUGGAAGUAUCACAAAAACAAACGCCAAGUCAAGCUAAGGUCCAACCAACUCCUUCUACAGUGGAGAGCUCCAAAUCGAAUCUUUCAGAUAUUUGUCCGUGGGACAUUGAGGAUGUGCAAAAGACUGAAUUGGCUCACCCACCAGAUACAACAAAAGUGAAGAAAGGCAUUUCUCCGGUUGAUGGUAAAGGGAGAAACACCUUUUCCGAAGCAUCAAGGAGCGGAGACUCACUCCAGCCAACGGUUUCAAAAAUAGAUGUUUGUCCCUGGGAUUAUGAUACCACUGCUGUAUCUCCAAAUUCUGAGAGAACACCUAGUCCAUCUCAAGUAUACAAAACCAAGGACUUUCCUUCAAAAAAGAAGGGUACCCUUUUAUCAAGAACAGUUGAACAAGAGAAUUCAAAAGUCAGUGAUGAUGAAAAAAGUAGAACAAAAGCAAAGGACAAAAUUAAGUCUUCGGAGAAACAAGUGAGCCAGCAGAAAUUGGCUGAGGUGUGUCCAUGGGACGUACAAAGUCAGCAAGAGGUGCCACUGGGAAAACGGAAAAGUGCUAAUGUUGGAGCAGCCAAACCAAAGCAGGCUGAUGUCUGUCCUUGGGACUAUGAGAAUACAUCAGAUAAAAAAGUGACGGACAAAUAUGCUUCUGUAAUGAAGCAGAGCAAUCCCAGUCCUAAAGGUGCAGCUGCAACAAAGGCAGAUGUGUGUCCCUGGGACUUUGAGGACAGCACAAAAAGCAAAAACGCAUGACACUCAACCUUAAUGGACCACUAAAGUUCUAAUAAUUGAUGUGUACUUUUUCACUUUAAAGUCAUGAAAUAUUACCUUUUACAGUUAGUACGGUGACUUGAUCUUAUCCAGAAGUUGCCUUCCUUUCUGAGGUUUUGUUCCCAUUUUACUUGUUUUGAAAAUAAGUAAAAUGUACAUAAACAAAACAGCGUCAUGAUGAACAUUCCAGAAUAUUACAGGAACACCCAGAAGAUAAAUCUUAGCUGAAUUAUGCAACAUUCAAUCAGCCUUUUUCAUUUCACAAGCAAUGUUGUUGGAAAUCUGCAUUAAUUUUGGGCCUUAUUUCCACGGAAGCGCAAUGGCCAGCGUGAGCAGCGCUGCUACUGCUAAAUGCUACAGAGAUCUUAUUUGCGCAUCUGUAGAAAUAUGUUGAAGUUUCCUUCAAAUGAGUUAGUGAGAAAUGAUUUGUUGCUAUGUUGGUGAAACUUAAUGUUAUACAUUGUUAUGAAAACAGACCACGGAAAAUGGCGUUUGUCGCUUCCGUAAAAUCGAUGCCAAACAAUGUAAAUAACCAAUAUUAAUGAAACAAACCACAUUUUGUAACGUAAGUAAGUAAAGAAAUUACUUGUUUAUAAAUUUUUACUAAGAAUUGAAUGUGGGCAACUACCAUUUCAAUUUACAAAAGUAGAUUUAGAAAAUAACCAAUCGAAACAGCCCCUUGUUUUGUUUGCCAAUGAACAUUAAAUACAUGAUUUAUUUUAUGUCACAGUGACAUCAUCACUGCUUUGAAGGUGAUCUGAUAUUAUGAAGAUGUAGAAAAAAAUAUUGUUGUGUAAGACGUAAAAUGGGGUAAAUUGAAAGUUGAAAAGCAAAACAGUAAACAUGAAAUCCAAAGAGUUACGGGAGUGCUUUCAAAGAAUCUUAAGAUGAAGUUUUGAGUCUGAACCAGCACACAGUGAAACAGAAACCAGUCUACAGCACUUUAGUCAACUAUGAGUACAAUCUGUGUUCAUCUUCUUGUUUUUAGCCUCACUGCAUCGUAACGGUCAGGAUAUCACAGAAA